GAAUGAUGGCACCCUCGCGACCAAAUGAAAUUAUACGAAGCUAAACCAAAACAAAUACUUUGGUCAUUUUGCAAUUUCAAACUGGACUAAGAGAUGUAAGAAAUUAUAGGGAAACCGAUGUAGAAAGUAGUUAACCCAUCCAAUAUCGCGGAAAAAGUCCUUUUUUUUAUUCAAUCUAGAACAGUAAAUAUCAUACACGGUUUGAUUUAAGAGAUGUUGUCAGUUGUUGCUUAUUUUUUUUUCUUCACAGGCUAAAAGUUAACACUAACAAGGGAAAGCUCGAUAUAGUUUUGAAUGAAGGUCAGAGUAUUCACCGUUUUAUUAAAUGUUUAUUUCCACGAUUUUGAUCGAAUCUUUCAAGACCUCAUUUAUAUCACUCUUAGAUCAACGUCAAAUUUCAAUUACAACCUUGUUCAUUAUGGCAUAGGAAAACCUUGCGAACACUGUCAAUUCAUUGAUAACUACUCUGAUAAGUAUUGAUGGUACACCACGAUCCCUUCUCAAUGUUGAGGUUCAUUCUCUCUCUAAUUGAGUUGAGAGAUCAAUUGACGCAUUGACAGCUGUUAUUGUCACUGUCAUAUACUGUAGACGAUCACGCUUGCUGAUCAGAUGUCAUUAAUCCCAACAUCGACUAGGGGGAAAGCUAUGACUAUAGAUUACUGGGCUACUUUUGGAGAUGCUUUUUAAAGUAGCCUGGCGGAGUCAGUUAUUUGAACAGUUGUGUUAGCAGUUAUAGGUAACUGAUUGAACAGUUUUUCUGGUAUGAUUCUGGCAUUGCUUUUCCGAUAUUUGAGUCCUAUGGAAGUGCAUUUACCUCUAGUCCUCAAGAUCAACUACAUAUUUUUGCAUUUUUGGUGAUGACUAACAUCCCAUGUACUAAUAUAUGUAAGUCCAUGUAUAUGUAAUUUUUUUUCUGUUUAUGAAUAUAUUUCAAUCAGUUGACAGAAAAUAAAAUCUCCUGAGACUUUGUACUUUAGUAAUUUCUGUAAGUUGCUAAUUUAGCUUUUAUUUUCAUUACAGAUAGCUUAUUUAAAACGGGGCCUAAGGAAAGAGUUGCUAAGGUAUUGAAAUGUUCAUUUGCUGGUAGUAAAAUGAUCUUAUAGUCUCAAGCUUUGACAGUAUAUGCUUGUUAAAGGAGUCAUCUUCUGAAACCAAACAUUUUGUUCCUGAUACUCAAAAGAUCAUGAAAUGUUAUGCAGUUUUUUUCCUUUUGUAGUUCAAUGUGGUCAUGUUAUUAUGUUUAAAGAAUAUUUGGAUCCAGUGUACUAGAAACUAUUGUGUGUACCACAUGUGCCACAGAAAGUUGAAAAUUUAGGUAGCAAUUUCUUUCAAAAAGUUUCAGAUCAAGACACAAUUGAGCUGCUCUUGCUUGAUUGUUGUUAUUUUUAAGGGAAGACAAAGCUCAAAAGGUUUCUCAGGAAGAACCUCUCAAGUUCGCACUCUUCCUCCCAAGACAAACCACUUUAGAGAAGAUGGCAAAGCAAAGUCCUCAUCCAAGCCACAGAAAAAUAAUGAUGGCACUGAUGGUAAACUAACAAAAAGUCAAAGUAUCCGAAAAGAUGAACCUCCUACAGAUGCUAGUUACUUGACAAAGGACCAGUUGUCAAGAAUUCUGUCAUCUCUGAAAUCUGCAGACACUGAGCAUGAGCCUGUAGCAGAUCUUGAAAACACAUAUACAGGUCAGUCUGUUUGCUGUUUAUGUUGAUGUUGUGUGAUCUUAAGAGAGAGAAGGGAUUUUCUUUGUCUUUCCCAUGCUGCAUAAUGUUGUGUAUUAUGGUUCGAUAUACUAACUAUAGAGUAAUGUGUGAAUCAGACCAAGUGCUCCACGCAAUUGCUUUAUGAGAAUACAAUAAACUUAAUUAGAUACAAAGAUAUAUAAGGAUAAUCAUGUGACUGCGGUCAAAGGUGUCCUAACCAAUAAAAUACAGAUUAUCUAAUAGCUAACUUACAGGUAUUUAUCCAAAUGUAAGAAGAAACACUAUAUAUAGUUACACUGUUAGCAUGUUACUGACUGCACCAAUUUUUGUUGUUGUUAAGCAAUUUCUACCAUUGACAAUGAAAUGGCAGUGCAAAUUGAAUGUGCAACAUAUAAUUUAUAUAAUUUAUUCCUUUGGUGCAUGAUUUAACUUGUCUAAGAUGAACAUUAAAUGAUAGUGACCCCCCCCACCAAGUUGCUGAAUUCCUCUGGAACAAUGUCAAUACAUUUACAUACCUGUAUAUGAACUGAUUUAUAUCAACUCAGUAACAGGGUCAAUGGAAAGUGCUGCAGAACAAAUAGCAGUUCAUCAACCAUCAAUGAGAGACAAUAAAACAAGGUAAAUUAAUUAUUAAGAAGAUGCAAAGCACUUUAAUACUAUCUUUCAUCUUUACAAACAUGUGACUAUGAAUAAUGCAACCUGUAUAAGAGUUUCAAUUAUUGCACACUUUGCUUCAAAGGAGGAAUUUAUUUAAAACUAGGUCAAAUCUGUGAUAUCUCUCCAUAAAAUUUCUUAUCAGGAGAAGGGUACAGAAAUCAGAAUCCAAAACCGAAGAUGAUAUUUCUGAUAACCAGGAACAGGUAAAUACAUGUUUAUUAUUUUGUGUAUUAUUGUUUGUAUCACAGUGUAGUUACUCUUGAUGUUUCAACUGCCUACUGCAAGGCAUCACCAUUGUCAGGUGAUAAGGCUGAAGUUCAAGCUCAUAAUUUUACAGUAAUUCAGUAAUUAACAAAAUAAUUAACUAAAGAUAAUUUUUAACAUGGCAGAAAGUUGUAAGGUAUUUUAUUUAUAAUAUUCAUUUGAUAACUAAUUCUUGAAAAUGUACAUAACUAUAGUUGCAGUAUCAAAACUUGAAUUAAAUAAUUUCAGCACUCCAAGUUGUGACCAAUUUGGUCACUACAGGGAUUAUGAAAAAAUUUGGUGAUUAAAUUUGCAGGUUAGUUUUCCAAUGUGGUCACCUGCUCUUAGUGGACAUGAAGAAAUCUGUAAUAAGUUUACAUUACUUCAUCUUUAUGGCAUGAAGUAGAAAAAAGAGAUUAAUUAUUUGAUAUCAAUUAUAUCAAUUCUUAGAUAUCAAUUAUGUUCAGAAAUACUUUCUUUCUCGCCAUCUUGGCCACAAUAUGUUAUGUUUAUUCUCCCAUGUAGUAUAUUUUAGAAGCAUUGUAAUUGGUUACUAUGUUAUACUGCACAAAUUCAGUCUCAUUCCAUAUUUUUUAGUUCUACAUUGCAUUGUUUAGUUUUAGUUUUUUUUGUUUUUUUUUGGCAACUUAACCUUUUUUUAUCUGGGGACCAAUUAAGGAUUCUAGGUUUGAAGUCAGGCAACUUGAUCUCUCAUUGCUGGGAAAUAGCAUGUAACUGAGCAGUUAGAGUAGUCAGCUUAGCUUUCAUUAUGCAUAACUUAUAAGUAGUGUUUCCUUUUCUGUGUAGGUCAUUACUCUCAGCAAAAAUUUGCAGUGGAAGAAGGAGUUAGGUAUGUGUAGUAAUAAAGUUAAUACAUGGCAAAGUAUGACUUGUUCAGUAUCACUGGCAGUUUGAAGCAUGUAACGAGAACAGAUUUUAGUCAAGUGUCAUUAAAGCAAAGGUAAAGUUAACAUUGCAUCCAAUUAGAACAGUGGAAACUAUCACAAAGAGCCUAAUGUAUGAAAAAUUGAUGAAAGCUAAAAAGGCAAACAGCAUUAAGUAUGGGAAAAUAUCAGUGACCAAAACACAAUUGACUUUAUUAUUGCAGCUGAAGGUGGCAAAGGUCAUAUGGACCAAUCACAUGGUGAAUAAGAGAAAAACUUUAACUGUCCAGGACUAAUUUCCACACUAAAUUUCUCAUAUGUGCCAGCUUUGAAAUUUUUAGAAAUACUAAGCAGUGGAAGUUGUUUACUAAAUAGCUUGGUUUGUUUGCUAAACAUGUUUUCAAAAACCUUUUUAUGCUUUUAAAUUGUAAAUGUCCUUAUAUUGUGAUGACAGAUGAGCAAAUAGCCCUCAAACAGGAAUUAAAAGCUAAAAGAAAGUUACUGGUAAGUUGAUGUUAUCAGAAUAUGUUAAUGAUAGAAUUAUACUUAGGGUAGUUUAUGAUUACAAAUAAUUUUUGUUGUUGUUAACAUCACAAGUAUCUUUAUUUACUAUCUGUACUAGUAUUAUAUGCAUAUUGUCAUCCAAUUUACAUGCACUUUCUUCUUGUCAUUCUUGAAUCAGAUCAUGGUCCAAGGGUCUUUCUGAUCACUAAAUGGAUAGAAUCCUUUACUCUAUAUAAUGUGUGUACUAUUCAUAGAAGUGUCACCCUCUAAAUUUCUUGGAUACCAGUUUUAUUGCUUUCGUUUUUGUUUUUAUAAAUCUUUAUUUACAACAACAUACAUUAGUUGCAAUACAUACAUUAGUAAUUACAACACAUUACCUUCAAUACAUCUCUUAGGAAACAUUACUAACAAUGAACUGCCCAUGAAAUUAAUAUAAUAUUUACAAUGCUAACAUUAAUUGAAUACUACAAUACUUUCAGUAGUAAUAUCAAGUUCAUUAUUUUUAAUGUGUACUAUUAUUAGUAUUAUUAGUACUUGGCCAGAAUUUAUUGAACACAAUUAAAUAAUUGUGAAUUAAUAAUGAAAAGGCAAGUGAUUAUCCUUGCUCUUCUGUUAAUCAAGGAUAAGGAUAAUGAAUUUGAAGAAUAUAAUCCAUGGGGCAGACCUGGAGGAGGAGCUCCAGUAAGAACUCAAUCUGGAAAUAUAGUGGCUGACUACAAGAAAAUGCAUCAGGUAAAGGUAUACUAAAGUUGCACAAAAUGUCUUCAAUUUAUUCUGAUUUGGAGACUUUAAUUUACACUUAGUUACGUAUAGAUUGAGAACAAUUAUUGAGAAUCACAGAGUGUACAGAUUGGGAAUAAUAGGAGUUUCACAUCAACUAGUUAGAGGUCAGAUGUUCAUUGCUACCCCCAUUUAAUGUAAUAGGGAGUCAAUCCAAUUUACAAGACUGAUUUAACUUGUUAUAGGACUUGACCUCUAAGGAUGAAGACAGUGUUAUGUCAGCUCCAGAGUUUGACAGUGGCUCCAAGACAAAGACAACAGCACACAGUUAUAACACACAUGACCUUAACACCACAACUACUCCUGUGGCUAUGAGAAGUUCAUUUGCCAUUGGGGUGAGAAUUCUACCUAAAUGUUUUUUUUUUAAUCAGUGUAAAGUUCACAUUAUUGGUGUUAAAACAUUGUAGUGGUUCAUUGGUUUCUAAGGACUUUUUCAUAUGGUCCUUCUGUCAGUCAGUUACAACAUACAUCUGCACUGAAGUCUGUGCAUUUGUGCAUACUUUUUCCUGAUUAGGCUCCUGGAGUUGUAAAGUAUGAAGAGUAUCAGUGUAAAAUUGAUGAAAAGAAAAAGUGGCUCCAGGAUCUUGGUAAGAACAGAAUGAUGAUGGAAUAUAUCUUCUUUUCUUGAUGGUCUAUCUGAAUAUUUUUUUCAAAACUGCUGCAGCUUUUGAUUUUUAUUUGAUAUUUCUUGAUGAAGAAUGGCGAUUUCAAUUAAACUGUCAUAUAUCUUGUACAGAACAACAGAUCAAAGAAAAGAAAGAAAGACAGGCUCAGGAAAAGCAGCAGCAGUUACAGAAGGUAAAGUGGCUUUUUUUGGGUCCAACAUAUGACUCCCCUAUUUUACCAGAUAAGCUUAAGAAGUAAGUUCUAGUUAUAAACUUAAUAUAAAGUCAUGCUAUGAAGACAUGACCGCAUAUUUUGCCCAAUCACAAAAUAAUCAAAUUAUUAAUCCUGACACUGGUAAUACUUGAGUCAUUUCAAGAAAAUGAUAAUUGGUAUUGAUAUCAUGUUUAUUAUGUCUUACAACAUGAUUGGAAGAUCUAUUUCUGGCAUCUUUACUCUUUGUAUAAUGUUAAUGCAGAUGCCACUGAGUCAUACCAACUCCCAUUCUAUCAUUUCUCAUGGAGGUGCCUGCCACUGCUCAAGGACACAUUUGGGCAGGGCUGGAGCUCUAUCUAACCUUAAGAUAAUACUAUUUUUUAUUACAUUGGUUGAAUGUUAGGGCAUUAGACCCCCAAAACUAGAGGGAAGGUUCAAUUCAUAAUAAUUUUUUUUUGUAUGAAUAUAAAAGAAAUAUGCACCGUGAGAAAGAAACAUGCUUUCUUUUCAUUCAGUGAACCUGGAGACUUCAAUCAACCAGUAAUCAUCAUAUUUAAGUACCCUACGAUAUACUUGCUCUUUCACAUGUACACUUAGGCCAAGUUGUUCAAAGGGCGCUUAACAGUAUCCAACAGAUAGAGAUUUAUCCAAUGGAUAGUGUUAUACACCUUUCGAACAACCUUCCCUUUAACAAAGAAACAAGUUUAUCACUGAGAAUUAUAAUUGUAUUUAAUUUUCAUUUGUCCUUUGCGGCAUUCAAACCUGAUGCAUGACUGUGUUGCUAUUUACCAAAAGGAAGCUCAAGAAGAAAAGUGGAAACAAACAGCGGUGUUUUCAAAUGAGUCCCCUCCGGCAGCUACUGCUUUUGUCGUCAAUAACACUACAGCUGCUACAACACAGCAAUCGCAAAUUCAUAUUGAAGCAGCUUCUCCCUCUCCACUAGACAGUAGUUUCAGGUACUGCACAUUUAAACAGUGAAAUCCAUAGACUGGAAGAAAAAGUUGCCAGAAUCAUUUGAGGAACUAAAAGUAGAGAGCCAUUUUUGUUCUUAAAAAGGAAAAUAUGUGAUGUCUUACAGGGCUGGAAAUCAUCAUGCCCGUGGUCAAGGAUUGCAGAGUUUAGUUGAGGUGAACCAAGAUGAAAUGGAGAGAAAGAGGCUGAAAACACUUGAACAUCAGGUACUGUCACUGAUUUGAAAGAUUUCCUACUUAUUCACGCGCAACGAAUGAAUCCUCUUUUUAUGUUGUACUACUUACAAAUAUUAUAUGCACUUGUUGACUUAAGUGAUUUCGUUGCAUGUGGCUUAUUUGGGAGAGUUUCUUUCGUGGCUUGACCAAAUUUGUGUGAAUUCUGUGAGCUGUUUCUAUUUCAUUGCAUUACCGGCAGGGAUGUAACAAUAUUACAACGUUUUACAUUACACGUAAUGAAAAUUGCUAUCUGCUCACUAUGACUUAACGUCUUUGUCAGGUAGUGUUAGAUAGUUCCUAUGAAACUAAAUGUGCUUGCUGGAAUGUUUACAGCGUGCAGUAAAAGAACAAGUAGAAGAAAAAAGGCGUCUUAAACAGCAAGAAAAAGAAAGGAGACUGAAAGACGAGACUGAGAAAGAAAGGACGCUGAUGAUGGAGCGAGAAAGACUGAAAAAACAGUAUGAGGAGGAGCUAAGACAACGAGAGGAAAAAGAGGUCAGUUUUUAUGAAUCAUUCACUCGACAUUAAUUCAGUGAACAGGACGAUCGCCUCAUAGCACUAAUAUCGUCCUCCUUUUUUUUAGGAAGUGUACACUCUGUCAUCAAUUCACUGAUUUGUCUCGUAAGUUCAAACCAAUGAGUUCUAACCAUUUUCAUUGCCUUCUAGAAUGAAGCAAAGCGUCGAGCAGAGGCAUUAGAAUUAAGUAUAUUGCAGGCGUACGAGACAGCUCAACAGGUAUUCUCUGAAUUUUUACAGCAAUACCCUCCAAAUUAAACGGCUAUUCAGUGAUGUAAGGGAAACUUUAGUUCCAAAAAAAAAAAGCGCUGUCUUAUACCGGAGAAUCAUGACAGAUUUUGUUACGAGGGCUAAUUCAGCCUUCUAGGGGAAAUUCAUGAUGAAUACGACAUUGCACCACCCACCCCUUCACGGGUUUAUCUUAUCAGAUUGGUAUGUUUGUUAUGAUUGUCGCCUUAAUACUCAGUAUGAUUAGUUUUAAUGUGAUCGUCAACUUUAUUUUGUCAGUUUUAAUAUUUAUAUACAGCUCGAAAUAUGUGGAUUCCUCCAUAACUUUGGAUUAAUCGUUGUUUUAGCUGUAACUAUUUCUUUCAGGAAUUCUCUUCGUUUGUGAUCAGGACCACAAGUGCUCACGCAUCGUCCUGUUAAUCUUCUUAUCAACUGAAACCAAAAUCUCCUAUAUCUAUUUAAUAAAAAGCUGUCACGAGUUAAACACAACAACCAUGUGCAUUUCUAAACUUUUUUUAUGGUUCUUUUAUUGAAAAACCUCCUACUUAUUGCACUUCAUACUAACAAGAGUUGUUUUGUUUUAAAACUCCGUCAGGAAAAAGCUGCCAAAAGGAUCCAGCAGUUGGAAAUGCGCGGUCACGAUGUGUCUGGACUGAAGACUCGUAUGUUCAAUCUAUUAUUUAGUCAAUUUUCACCACCUUAUUUAUUUAUCAUAUAAGCUGUUUAUAGAUGUAGCCAAUUCUGGAAAUGUGUAGUAACAUUACGAGACAAAUAAGUUGCAGAUGAACACUUCAUUUCUGGUUGGGUAAUGUCCAUUCAAGUUCAAACAAGAGCAUCUUUUACAGGUUCAAAUAUCAAGAUAUCAUACAAAGCCGUCAUAUUUUCCGGCCUUGAUUGACGUUUUCGGUUAUUUUAACGUAGCUAGUUUCGGUCCUUUCUUCUUGUUUUCGCUAAACAAGUUGUGUUUAAUCUACGAUAUGUCGAUUUGAUCUGAAGGAAGUUUUAAAGAAAGGAAUGCUUGAAUGAGAAACACUGGUAUAGAACGAACCAAGCGUUUUUAGCGGCGUGGUUCAAUUGAUAUUUAGAAUUGUUUUUUACUUGUUGGUGUGGUGAGUUUUGACUAAAGAUUUUUUAUAUUGAUCUCUAUAGCUGGCCUGGUCUUAAGGCAAAGACAUUCAUCUACAGACACAUCUCAUCUUGAUAUCGCUUCUGUUUCACCCAGACCAGAACACAUCCGGUCAACCCCGCAACACAAGGAAUUACUCGCAAAGACGAAUGACAUGCUCAUUGCUUCAACAGAACAGGAGAAUACUUCAUUUGAAUCGGAGUUAAAACAGUUGAGUUUAAAUGCCUCAUUAGAAUCAGAAUGGAUCUCUUCAUCUCCUGUUCCUUCUGUACGGAACAAUCCACAGGCAAAGAUUCAAACGAAAAAAAUUUCUCCUUCACGUGCUAAAGGAGCGGCUCACGUAACUACGCGGUCACGAUCAGAAAGAGGACAGAGAAACAAAGAGGCACUUAAGCCACGGAACAAGCGUCAGGGUUCAGUAGAAAAUAUAACAGGUGGACACGAGGAUGGUGCAGCAGCAGCACAGCUGGCUCGUCCCCUGGAGGAUGCCUUUAUGAUACCUUACACUCGCACUGCUAGUGCUACAUUCCAUCCAGUUCCAAACACUCCAUCUUCAGCACAGGCUGAUAAUGUUAGUUCUCGUCAAGAUCAAAACCCCAUGAACAGAAAUAAACAAACACAUAAGAAAGCGCAAUCUGUUGUGACUUCUCGAACAACUACUACCCAAGCUGUCCAAGGUCGGCAGACUGUUAAAAGUGAAAAGACAGGAAAACAAUUUUCAGUUACUCCGAGAAGUAGACAUGAAAUAGUUCAACAUUCUACAGAAGCCGGAAAACGAGAUGUCAAAGGACACCAAACAAAAAUACAAAACGAAAAUGCCGGCAUUUAUCCAAUUCAGGUGAGGUCUGCCUUCAACGCGAUUACCUCUCGAAGUACAUGUACUAGGAGCUGGACUAUUUCUUGGAGAGAUAUUUACUUUUCGUUCGUGUGUGCAUGCGUCUUAAAGAAAUAAUGACGGAAACCUACCCUUUUUUCAUUUAGGCUUCUCCAGACCGUGUACCGACAGCACGUCAAGAGAUGAUUCUACAGCAGCUUGCAGUUCUACGACAGGUGAGGGAGCACUUCGUCGUACUUUUCUUCCGUUAUUCUAUCUUCUUCAUGAGUUUCAAUAUUAAUCACACCUUAUCUUGAUACAAUGAUUAUUGGUUCACUGUGUCUCAGUCGGAGCAUGAGCUAGCGAGAAUCUCGCUUUGUUUGGGUUAGGUUACUGCCGCAAGUAUAGUUCUGAAGAGAAUUUGUUACAAGGAGAGGAAAACACCGUCCUGGCAUUGUCCGCAAAUCGGAAACCAAGUAUAUAUAAAACUUUCGUAAACAGCAAAGCGAGAAGUAAAGAAUUACAGUUAUGUAAAGUUAAGGAAAGGGCCAGGUGAGAUGGAGAUUUCAACACAGAUCUGCCUUCUUGAGUCAGUUGACAUAAUGCAGCGCCAAAUGUAGAGAGAAGUCACUCGCGCAAAGAGCAUCGGUAAAGAAGCGUUACAAUCUUUUUCAUUCUUGGUCUUACUGUUUAAAUGCAAAUCUAUGCUGUGCUUUCUUUAUUUCUUUUUAUUUUGAUGAAAAGUAAUUAUUACGUUCAUCAUUUUUCCCCUCUCCAAAGAGUUGUUGGUGCAUUUGACCAUCACUUGAACGAUAAUGCAGUGCGCCCGUGCCUUUCUAGAGAGGAUGUUUCAUGUGCUGAACUGGGUAAUUUUUGGUUUCUUUAGGGUUUAAUUCUGAAAGAACGAGAGCUCCAUCACAGUGCAAUAUGAUGAGCAGCCUAAUCAAGAAAGGACAUACGAAUUCAACCAGUCUGUGUUUUUUACAUGUAGAGCCCGAAGUGAGUAGGUCAUUCCUCUCGCAGAGGACCACAGCUAAGAAUUCAUCAUAACCAUACUCACGCGUGCUGCUAAAUUCACGUCUAAAGGUGUGCAAUGCAAUGCAAAUUGUUCUUAAGCUGUGCCUCAAAACCGAAGCAGGAAUCAAAGAAAGCGCGAGGCCCCCUUUAUGUGUAAUGUUGUCUUAAGCCUGAAGUGGUAUGUAAUACGAUAUUUAAAAGUUGUAUAUAACAGUAUGUCGUCUGGAUACAAAAAUUGCAGGAAGCUGUAAUAAAAGAUAAACCUAUCCGCCUCAGAUUAAUAUUAAAAUUUUCUCUGCUUUAGUGGAAGCCUUAUCGGUGAUGAGGCCAAUAGGAUGGUUGGGCAGUGAUAUCUAUAAACGGUGGCUCGGAACAGUUUGAAUACACAUACAUCAAAG